CCGGUAUUUUACGACUCCAUGGUUCAAACAUGAUUUCGAUUUCUUUGUCUUGAAUUUUUUGUUUUGAAGUCUGUUUCUAGUUCUGCAAGAGCGUUGUUGUGCUGUGUGUGCUGUGUCGCUUUUCUUGCAAGAGAAAUGGCUACCUACAGAGCUAAGCAUGCUGAGGACAUGUCAUCAGAAGUAGUAGACAGCAAUCCGUACAGUCGUCUGAUGGCUCUGAAGAGGAUGGGCAUUGUAGACAAUUACCAAGAUAUCAGAAACUUCACAGUGGCGGUCGUAGGUGUUGGUGGUGUGGGUAGUGUGACGUCCGAGAUGUUAACUCGAUGCGGUAUGGGAAAGCUUAUCUUAUUCGACUACGACAAAGUGGAGAUGGCGAAUAUGAAUCGACUGUUCUUCACCCCAAAUCAAUGUGGCCUGAGCAAAGUCGAGGCAGCAGCAGCUAGCCUGAAGCAAAUCAAUCCGGAUGUGGACAUUGAAACGCAUAAUUACAAUAUCACAACUGUCGACAAUUUUGACCACUUCAUGAGUCGCCUGAAAGCGGGCUCCAAGACUUCGGGACCAGUCGAUCUUGUUCUGAGUUGUGUUGACAAUUUUGAGGCACGCAUGGCUAUCAAUACCGCAUGCAAUGAGCUUGGUCAGACAUGGAUCGAGUCAGGCGUCAGUGAGAAUGCUGUGUCGGGCCACAUACAAUUGGUUCGUCCUGGUGAGACUGCAUGCUUCGCCUGUGCUCCGCCGCUACUUGUUGCCGAUGGCAUUGACGAGAAGUCACUGAAGAGGGAAGGCGUGUGCGCUGCGUCGCUGCCCACGACCAUGGGAAUCGUUGCUGGCAUUCUCGUGCAAAGUGUUCUGAAGCUUCUGUUGAAAUUCGGUGUGGUCUCAACGUUUCUUGGUUAUAGUGCACUCAAGGACUUCUUUCCCACGAUGGAGUUGAAGGCCAACCCGAGCUGCAGUGACUCUAGCUGUCGGCGGCAUCAAGAGCGUCAUCAAAAGGAACUAGCUAGUCGGCCCAAGGAAACAGCGGCGGAGGACACGGCUGCAGAAGCAGAGAUUGUUCACGAGACCAACGAGUGGGGAAUUGAGGUGGUCGACGACAGCGGCGCACCGGCAGAGACGACCAGUGUCGAAGUAGCAUCGGGUCUGAAAUAUGCGUACACCACUGAUGCGAAACCCAGUGAUGAUGCUCCAGUUGUGGACACCGGGGACAUUUCACUGGAAGAGCUGCAGAAACAGAUGGCUGAAAUGUCUUAGUGUUACUACAUGUACUUGUGAUUGGAAACAAGCAUUUUAUUCCACUGAGAAUGGGCAGAAAACCUUUGACUUUACUUAUGACAGUGUUUUGUGAUGUGACUAACAACUUUGUUUUUUUAACACAUACAUGUAGGCUGUCCUAGGUCAUCUUUGUACAGUACUUUAUCGCCUGUGUAAAUUUUCUUUCUGCACUAUAUUCAUAUUCCCCGGUUUAUUCUCUCUAGUUUUUGCUUACAAGUAAAAUUUUGUUUUCUAGUGUAUCCAUUUUAUUUUCUGCAAUACAGCUCCCUUUAAUCAAUUCCAUUAUUGCUUUACCGGCACCAGUGUCGGACAAGUUGCUAGUGCCGACCAUGUAGACACGGUUCCAUGCAGUCUUAUUUGAAUCAUGUCCAAUACACUGUAAAGUAAA